UUUCAGAUAUGUUUCCUUCUCUUUGCCAUUCUUUACAUCGUUUCCUACUUCAUCAUCACAAGAUACAAGAGGAAAUCAGAUGAACAAGAAGAUGAAGAUGCCAUAGUCAACAGGAUUUCGUUGUUUCUGUGCACGUUCACACUCGCAGUGUCUGCUGGGGCUGUGCUGCUCUUACCCUUCUCCAUCAUCAGCAACGAAAUCCUACUUUCCUUUCCUCACAACUACUAUAUUCAGUGGCUCAAUGGCUCCCUGAUCCAUGGUCUGUGGAACCUCGCUUCUCUCUUCUCCAACCUUUGUUUGUUUGUCUUGAUGCCCUUUGCCUUCUUCUUCCUGGAAUCAGAAGGUUUUGCUGGCCUGAAAAAGGGACUCCGAGCCCGAAUCUUGGAGACGCUGGUCAUGCUCCUGCUCCUGGCGCUGCUGGUCCUGGGGAUGGUGUGGGUGGCCUCCGCGCUCGUGGACAAGGACGCGGCGAGCAGGGAGUCUCUGUAUGAUCUCUGGGAGUUCUACCUGCCCUAUUUGUACUCUUGUGUAUCACUCAUGGGAUGUUUGCUGCUUCUCUUGUGCACCCCGGUCGGCCUGUCUCGCAUGUUCGCCGUCAUGGGCCAGCUGCUGGUGAAGCCCGCGAUUCUGGAGGACCUGGACGAGCAGAUGUACAUUGUUGCCCUCGAGGAGGAGGCGCUGCAGAGACGGCUCGCCGGACUGUCUUCAUCAGUGGACUACAAUGUAAUGGAGCUGGAACAAGAACUUGAAAAUGUAAAGAUUUUUAAGACAAAAUUAGAGAGGCGGAAGAAGGCGUCGGCUUGGGAAAGAAAUUUGGUGUAUCCUGCGGUCAUGGUUCUCCUUCUCAUUGAGACGUCCAUCUCGGUCCUCCUGGUGGCUUGUAAUAUCCUUUGCCUGUUGGUUGAUGAAACAGCAAUGCCAAAGGGAACGAGGGGGCCUGGGAUAGGAAAUGCCUCGCUCUCAGCUUUUGGUUUUGUGGGAGCGGCACUUGAAAUCAUUUUGAUUUUCUAUCUGAUGGUGUCCUCUGUCGUCGGUUUCUAUAGCCUCCGCUUUUUUGGAGACUUUAUUCCCAAAAAGGAUGACACGACCAUGACAAAGAUCAUUGGGAACUGCGUGUCGCUGCUGGUCCUGAGCUCCGCUCUGCCUGUGAUGUCCAGAACCCUGGGAAUCACUAGAUUCGAUCUUCUGGGAGACUUCGGAAGGUUUAACUGGCUGGGAAAUUUCUAUAUUGUGUUAUCCUACAAUUUGCUUUUCGCUGUGGUGACAACACUGUGUCUGGUCAGAAAAUUCACCUCUGCGGUCCGGGAAGAGCUCCUCAAGGCCCUAGGACUCCAUAAGCUGCACUUAUCCAGGGCGCCCCGGGAGUCGGACACCGCCAAGCCGUCUGCCAAUGGGCACCAGAAAGUCCUGUGA